AUGGUUUACUGGGAGCUAGCUGCAUGUAAGAGACCUUAUUCUGGUUACGAAAAUGAUGUUAUUCGUGCAUUUGUUCUUCAUGGCGAUCGUUUAGAGAUACCCAUGAGUACGCCGCCGACAUUUCGUAUGGUGAUCGAACAAUGUUGGUUAAAAAAUCCAAACGAUCGACCGAAUAGCUCUGAGUUAAUCGAAAUGAUUGAAGAAUGUAUUGAAGUUGAAGACGGCUAUAAACAUGGAGCCAAGAAGUUCACAUCCGAUACAUCAUCCAAUGGUACUCGAGACUACCCGCAUGAAGGAAGCGAUAUUCGACUUCAAUCAGAAUCACAUUCCUCAUCAUCACAAUCAGAUUAUGUUUCAAGCACUGCUUGUCGUAAGCAAGAACUGACCCACCCUCCAUAUGAAUCAGGAGAAGAAAAACCAGCAGUGCAUUCAACUGCAGCAUAUUCGUUUUCAUCGAAAAAUAAAAGUGAUACUCGUGACUUAACAAGUUGUUCUAAUUUGAAAUUUUACUCCUUAGUAGAUGCUGAACCAGGUGAACGCAUAACAAAGCUAUCAAACGUGAAUGUUUCUUCGAAAGAAUCUUCAAAACCAAGUUCAUUUCGUUCUUCUUCUCCAUCAGACGAUAAAAAAGGAUCACAUUUGUCUUCAUAUGAAGAUAGCCAUCAUCAAACAACAGGAACAGCUGCGAAACAAACGAAAUCAUCUAAAAGUCCACCAUCUUCAAGGAAGUCGCAUCAAGAUGAACCUAUUACUGUUUAUGUACCUGAUUUGCCAACCAAUAUCGAUAGUAAUUCAUUACUGGAAAAAAUGAUUCGUCAAUGUUUAGAACUUAAACAUAAACAAAAAGUACUCAAUAUUAAGUGUGAUACACAAUUAGGCAUCGGCAUUAUCUAUUUGCGUGAUGAUGAAGAUAAAAAUAAUUUAAUUAAUACCAUCGAGAAAAUUAUAAUUGAACCAUCCCAAAAUGCAACCAUAUCAUUUGUUGAUGAGCUUGAACUUAUCUCAUAUAUUGUCAUCGAUGAAAAGGAUAUCAAAGAACUUCCAUCAGCUCAUGCCGUAUGCCGACAAUGGGUUGAUCUAUAUAAAGUACAAUCCCAACCACGAUGUGAACUAUUAUCUGUUCAAUUUCCAAACAUCUUUCGAAUAGUGACACAUUCAUUAAGUGAACUACUCACAGCUUUAUCAGUUAGAGAGUUCUCAAUCAAAAAUCGCUCUGCAACUGUCUAUUUUCGAGCUACUUGCUCUUUCUUUGAAGAUUUACCAAGAACGACAAAUUUGGAUCGAUUGAAAGAAGCUAUUGGUAGUCAAAUCUCUAGUAAAUACAUGUCAAAAAAGUCAGUAUAUAUUCAGUAUAACAAAGAAGGUGCCAAUGCUGUUGUACUAACAUCAGGUAGAGCUCGUAUAUGGGCACUACAUAGUUCGAUUUUAUUAGAUGGACAAGUUUUUAUGAAGAAGGAUAGUCUUUCGUGUCGCCUCUUGGUACGAUCCGUGCCUAAAGACAUAUCGACAUCACUCAUCCAAAAUCAUGAAAUGUUUGCUAAAGCUGUAGUUAAAGCAUUGCCCAGUAACGAACAUGUAAUUAUCGAACUUUCUGAUAGAGAUGUUUAUGAGAAAUGCAUUGUUAAAGGUGCUUUACGUAUUGAUGAUCAUGUAUUGGGUAUUGAAGCUUAUACAUAUUCAAGUAAUCCUGAAGAUAGUGAAAUUGAUGGUAAAAAUUGGUAUGACACAGAAAUGUGCAAUUAUAAGCCAGAUAUAAUGCCAUUUAUUUCUAAUCCUCAACAUCCUAUAUUUCGAUUUAAAUGGAAUUCAAAAGCAUUUUUAGAACAAUAUCGUCGUUGGAUAUCGAAUGGCUGUAAUAUUGAUGGAAAAGAUUCGGACAAAUAUGAGACAUCAUGCAACCACAAAUGUCGUCUAUUACAAAUGACAGUAAUGUUAAAUACGAUUGGUGUAGUAAAAAGAGGUUUUUACCAUAUCGGCAAAAAAGAAAUCAAAUUAAAACCGGAUCGAUUAAAAACCAUUCUCUACGAUCAUAAGUCAAAAUUGCAACGUGGUAAGACAACUUCAUUGUCCCAUGCAAUAGAGUUUCCCUAUGCAUCGACAUCAGUUAAAGUAGUCAAUGAAGAUUGCUUGAUUGUUUACAAGAGUUUAUUAAACCAAGGCUGUCGACCAGUUGUUCUCAAUAUGGUCAAUGCAAACAGUCUUGGUGGCUACAAACGAGGUGAUGGAGCUCAAGAAGAGACACUUUUUCGGCGUUCGAAUUAUUUUCAAAGUCUCGAUCUUGAAUUAGAUGAUGGGAAACCAACAGCUCGCUUCUACUGUAACUCAAAUUGUGAACUAGAACCUUUAGCCAAAGGCGAUGUACUAUAUCCAAUGGAUGAGUUUGGGGCAAUUUAUACAUCAGGAUUGACAGUUUUUCGGCAACCUGAAGAUACUGGCUAUGCUUUCAUGGAAACACCUAUGUGCGAUGUAUGUGCUAUUGCAAUGGCUGCCUAUCGAGAUCCGAAAAUUGAGAAUGAUCUGCUCACUUCAAAAUAUUCUAUUGGUACACGAAAAAAAAUUGAAAAUAUAUUUGCUAUUGCACAUCAUCAAAAACAUGAUAGUCUUGUUCUAUCUGCUCUUGGUUGUGAUGCGUUUAGAAGUCCACCAAGGCACGUUGCAGCAAUAUUUAAAUCAGUUAUUGAACAAUAUGCUGAAUAUUUUAAAUAUAUCUACUUUGCUAUUGUUGACGAUCAUAGUACAGACCAGUACCUGAAUUCAUUUGGAAACUUUCUUUCUUUUCAACAAUUACUCGAUCAUUUAGAGGAGAAACCAAAACGACAUAAGCUUGUCGACAUGAUGAUUGGACCUUGGCGAAUUUUAAAUCAAAAAACUAUCAAAGAAGUAACAUUAAGUGAUAUUAGAAUUUGUUAUUUGGAGCCAUGCCUUUAUGGAGGACAUUGUAAUGACUUGCAAAAUGAACAGCAUUCUCGUGAAUAUUCACACCCACCCUUAUGCCCGUAUGCAGAUAAUACGACACCGUGUAAACAGAAAAAUGAUAGCCAACAUACGCUUUGGUUCAGUCAUCGUUACAAGUGUUUGUACGGUGGUGAAUGUGAAUUAGUUGAAAAUGAUCUAGUGCACACAAACCAAUUUGAACAUCCUGAAUUUUGCUGUGAUGGUGGUCGUUGUGAAAACAUGGAUAAUGAACAUCUUAAAGUUUAUCGGCACGUACCACUAUGUAAAUAUCGUCGUCAAUGUGUUGAAUAUAAUCGUGGAUCAAAUGAUCACUGUCUAAGCUUUCGUCAUUGUAUACCGAUGAGUCGUUGCGAUCAUUCUAGUUUAGGACUUCAUGAUGAAAAACCUAUAAGUGAAGAAAGGCAUUCGUUUCAGCCACCAUGUUCAUUUACUCCAUUCAAUCGUCGACAAUAUGACAACUUAUGUGAAGCAAAAAAUAUCAAAAAAUUAUCAAACAAUGUUCAAAAUCAUCAAAAAAAAUAUUCACACGAUGAACAAGUACAAAUGUCGCGUGAUAAUAUACAUGAAUCAUCUCCUAAAUCGUUAUGGAAACUUCAUUCUGAAUAUCAAAAAUUAGAAUACGAUAGUGAAAGUAGAAGUGAUCAACGAACUAUGUGUCGACAUGGAUCUAAAUGCCGUGAUCAAAAUGAUCCCCAUCAUUAUUCAAAAUAUUCACAUCCUCGUCAACACAAAUCUGAAUCUUUAGCUAGCUGCAGCGAUGAGCGAAUCCCUUGUCGUCAUGGACGCGACUGCCAUGACAAAGACAAUCAUAAACAUUAUAAAAUGAGUAAAACAACAAGUCUUAUUGGUAAAGAAAGUUUGAAAAAUCUUGAUGCAAGUCAUGAAGCAUAUGCAGACAAUGAUGGAGUUUUUCAUUGCAUAUUAAAUAAAAAUGAUAGUGAUAAUCAAUUGAUGACGCAUAGAAUGCAUACACUGGUAUUAAAUGAAGCACCUCAAUAUUGCUUGUUAUUAUAUAAACCAGAUGGACAAUCAAUUAUAGAAACUUCUGAUUCAAAUAUUGAUUUAGUUAAGUCAAAGUUCUAUUCUUUAUUCAACGAAUUAACUGGAAAUUAUUGUAGCUUACGUAAAAAAUUCGUUAAAACUUCCGACCAUUAUGUUUAUACAAUUCCAACUGAUUUGAAUUCAUCAUCAAGUUCGGAAGAACAACAAGUGAAUAUAAAUCAGAUUAAUAAUAUUCCAAAAUUUAUUUGCAGUGAACGUGCAUUUUUUAAUAUGAAACCUAAUGCAUUAGAUCGAACAUACAAAUAUGUUCAUGAUGGUAUAACUUGGCGAAUUCCCUUACCUGAUAUUUCAAGUGAAAUAAUUAUGUACUCAAUAUUAUCCUUACGUUCAUUAAUUGUUCGAAUUGGAAUAUUAUAUUUACAUCAGUCUACAACUAGCAUGCUAUUCGGUAGUGGACUGCUUGUAAACAACCAAAUAGUAUUAACUUGCGUCCACAAUUUUCACCCAAUCAAUUGGAGUGAUAAAAUGAUUGCCUUUACAAAAAUAUAUGUGUCAUCAUCUGAUCCUGCAAGUCCAGCUUUAUUAUCGAGAAUAAAUCCAAAUAGUUCAGUAAUAGAAACUCAAAUCAUACAACGUGGUUUAAAACAAGAUAAUAUUUUAACCGGAUAUAAUGGAGAAUUAUAUGAUAAGAAUGAUUUAAAUGCAUACAAAUAUACAAAAGGUUUUGAACUUUUAACCAUUGAUAAUAAGUCUAUUUCAAUUGGAUAUUUGAUUGAAGAAUUAUCUUCAAAUAACAAUUAUGAAAUGCACAAUUGUUCAACGUUAACUGGUUCGAGUGGUGCUGUUAUAGUGGAUUCAAUAGGACGAUUUAUAGGCAUUCAUAUAGAAAUUGCCAAUUCAAGAAUUUCAAAGAAAAAUGAAUUUUUUGAUACUCAAGACACGUUUAACAAGUUUAUUCACGUUCAUUCAACAUCAUUUAAGACAUUUAUUCAUGAAGCUAUUAUCCCAAACAUUAACAAUGAUCAAUUAGAACAAAAAUGGGAAUUUGUUUGA